GUGGCCCAGGCCAGGUUGGAUGAGCCAGGUUGGCUGUGGUGGAACCUUGGCCCUGCCAUGGAAUGGGAUCAGUUGAUCUUUAAGGUCCCUGCCAAGCCAAACCAUCCCACAAUUCUAAAAUCUGCUGUUCCUGAUGAGUGGAUGGGGAAUUGCAGACCAGGGGAAGCCAACCAGGUGCCCAAGGUGCUUUUUGGGCUGGCAGUGGCAGAGCAGAAGCUUCUAGAGAGGCUUUCCAGCUCCAGGAACCCACUUUGGUCAAGUGGAGAUCUCUUCCAUCUGUAACCAUUCCAUGAUUCCUGUGUCUCCCACCCUGAGGUGGAUGUCCUCCUCCUCUUCAUCCUCUUCCUCCCCCAGGGGUGGAGUUAAACCUUUGUGAGGUUCCAGAACCUUCUUCCCAGCAGGGCUGUGCAGUCGUGGGCUGGUCCCAGCUGGUGCUGAGCUGUGCCAGGGAUCCAGGCCAGGCUGUGACAGUGACAAGGGCUGGGGCUGUCCUGUCCCAGAGCCCCAGAGCAGAUCUGGGAGCCAACUGGGAAGUGGCAGCAGCUCAGGGAACACAAUGCAAAUAAUCCUGGAGCAAAUAUUUGACAGCAGCCUGGGAGUGGGGUGCCGUGGGCUGCUGUUCUCCUGGGCUGUGUUUGGUGUUCUUGGUUAAUGUAUCCUGGGAACAGCCCUUGAGCCACCAGGAACCUGGCAGAGCACAACAAAUAGGGGAAAAAACCUUGCCACACUUUUUUUUUUUAUUUUAUUAUUAUUCUUCCAUCCUGUCCUUCCACAUUCCUGGAGCUCACAAGCAGAGGCAGCAGCAGCCCUGGCCCUGAGCUGGGCUCUGUUUUCACAGCUCAGGUGUUCGCUCAUGCUUUGAUGACUGGGGAAAAACAAGAUGAUUUUUGCCAAAUUCAAUGAGCUCACGGUGUGAUUUCAUUAUUUAAAGUACCAGUCUGUCCAUGUAGGAGGACCUGGCUGCAAACCAGGCUGGCUUUUAUUUUCCAAGCUGGAAAAUAACCCAGGAGCUUUGGAAUUUCAAAUUUCCUCGGGGGUUAACGUGCCCUUGAGGCCAGGAAAUUGAAACCUUUGCCCGUCUUCACACACCCUUUCCUGGAGAACUUUGCUUGUAAAAAGCCAGGAGCAAAAUCCAGGAAAGGAAACCAGGAGGGCAGGGAUGAAAGGUUGCUUUGUGUUCCUGCACAAGGAAGUGGAGAAAGCAAAUAAAAAAAUCUUCGUUUAUUUGAUGGUUCUCUGUGCUGGGCAAGCCCAGAGUCCACAUGCUCUGCUCAAACAGAGCCACAGGGGAUGGGAAUUCAGCCCUGGGGAGGGCUGGGGGUGCCCAGCCUGUUUGCUUUGGGAAAGUUUUUUUCACUUUUUCUGCAGGCUCCUGGUGGAUUUUAGGUCCUUCCAUCCUUGUUUUCCAUGCAGAGAAAGAGCAGCAGAAAAGGAGAAAAGAAAGCAGCAGGAAGGAAGGAAAAAAGAGCAGAAAAGGAGGAAAGAAAGCAGCAGAAAGAGCAGCAGAAAGGGAGGAAAGAAAGCAGCAGAAAAGGAGGAAAAAAGCAGAAAGGGAGGGAAAAAAGAGCAGAAAGAGCAGCAGAAAGGGAGAAAAGAAAGCAGCAGGAAGGAAGGAAAAAAGAGCAGGAAGAGCAGCAGAAGGGGAGGGGAAAAAAGGGCAGAAAAGGAGGAAAGAAAGCAGCAGAAAAGGAGAAAAAAAGAGCAGAAAGGGAGGAAAGAAGGAGCAGUGAAAGGAAAGAAAGCAGCAGAAAAAGCAGCAGAAGGGGAGGAAAGAGCAAGCAGAAAGGGAGGAAAAAAGAGCAGAAAGAGCAGCAGGAAGGGAGAAAAAAGGGCAGAAAAGGAGGGAAAAAAGCAGCAGAAAGCGAGGAAAAAAAAAGACCAGAAAUGGAGGAAAGAAAGCAGCAGAAGGGAGGAAAAAAGGGCAGAAAGGGAGGAAAGAAAGCAGCAGAAAAAGCAGCAGAAAAGGAGGAAGUAAAGAGCAGAAAGGGAGGGGAAAAAGAGCAGAAAGGGAAGAAAGCAAGCAGCAUAAAGGGAGGAGAAAAAAAGAAAAAGGGAGGAAAAAAGAGCCAAAAGAGCAGCAGAAAAUGUGGAAAGGUUUGGAGAGAGGAGCAGGGAAAUGUGGGAAAAUUUGGAGACCGGAACAGGGAAAUGUGGAAAGGUUUGGAGAGACAGGAACAGAGAAAUGUGGGAAAAUUUGGAGACAGGAGCAGGGAAAUCUGGGAAGGUUUGGAGAGACAGGAGCAGAAGCAGAAACAGGGAAAUGUGGGAAGGUUUAGAGAAAGGAACAGGGAAAUGUGGAAAUCUGGGAAGCUUUGGAGAGACAGGAGCAGAGACAAGAGCAGGGAAGUUUGGGAAGGUUUAGAGAGAGGAGCAGGGAAAUUUGGGAAGAUUUGAAGAGAGAGGAGCAGGGAAAUGUGGAAAUCUGGGAAGGUUUAGAGAGAGGAG